AAUGUCUGUGAAUUUGUCCUAUAAAGCCUAUUAUCAAAUUUACGGAAGAAAUUCUGAAGUUGUGAAUAUGAAAAUCACUGUGAACUUAAGCGACCUCUUAUCUUUUUUUCAAGUGAUAUUAAUGUAGUAUUGACGGAGUGCAAUAUGUAACAAGGGAAGUAACUCUGCGUGUAGAUGUGAAUGAUUGUCAGUUCUGAGAUUUGAAGAGAUCGUGAAGCACGUACCAAAAUGACUGCUGCACAUUAUAUACAGGUAGUGAUAGCACAUGUAAUUGCUGCUGGCAUUGGAUUGAUGUGCAUUUUGUCCUUAUUAUGGAGAUGUGUACGACACCCGUUCAAAUUUAUCCAAGAAGAAACUAACAGGAAAAAAAGAGAAGUUAUGCCGGCUUGUCUGAACGACCCGACUUUGGGAACCCACGGUUUUAUCCAUUUGGAGCACGUGAAGCUACACUACGUAUCCAAUGGAGAUGAGAAGAAACCUCUGAUGUUACUGAUCCAUGGCUUUCCGGAGUUCUGGUACUCGUGGAGGUUUCAGCUCCGAGCCUUUGCUGACAAAUACAGGGUUGUGGCCAUCGACCAAAGAGGUUACGCCGAAUCAGAAAAACCAAAUGGCUACAACAGCUACACAACAGAAAAGCUUGUUGGUGACAUAAAACAACUCAUUCCAGCUCUUGGACAUCGGAGCGGUGUUAUUGUCGGCCAUGACUGGGGUGGUGCCAUUGCGUGGGCAUUCGCUAUGAAACAUCAGGAUAUGGUAGAUAAGCUGAUUGUCCUGAACUGCCCACAUCCAUCCACCUUCCGGGCCUACCUCAGGAAAAGCUUCGCACAGUUUAAGAAAUCAUGGUACAUGUUUCUUUUCCAAGUGCCCUACCUGCCAGAGUAUAUGUUGUCCAGGGAUGACUUCCGAUCAGUCAAUGAAAUGUUCACUGGCAAGCAUGGAGGUGUAAAGGUUGGCACAGUUUCUGAGGAGGAUGUUGAAGCAUACAAGUAUGCCUUCUCUCGUUCAGGUGGUCUGACUGGGCCGUUGAACUUCUAUCGGUCAGCCAUGAAAAACUCUAGUAUUUUUGAAACAAAAGUCCCGAAGAUUCAGAAGCCCACAUUGAUUGUGUGGGGCUGUAAAGAUUUAGCCCUGUCUGAAGAGCUCCCGCCAAUGGCGAAGGAUUACGUCACAAACCUGACCAUCAAGUAUAUCCAGGACGCCAGUCACUGGGUACAGAUGGACACACCCGAUAUUGUCAAUGAACACAUGCGCGAAUUCCUCGAGGAAAUAAAUUAACGGCAAAUACAUGGGGAACAUGUACCUUCAAGUUUGAGGAAUGCAAGCAACUAGAUUUUGAAUGAUGAAAUUUUUUCUCUUUGGUGAUGUUCACAUAUCAAAUAUGAAAGGUUGACGAACCUGACAUAUGACAUCAGUGUAGAACCUAACAUGACAUCAGUGAAGAAUCUGACAUGGCAUCAGUGUAGAACCUGACAUAUGACAUCAGUGUAGAACCUGACAUAUGACAUCAGUCAAGAACCUGACAUAUGACAUCAGUGUAGUACCUAACAUGACAUCAGUGUAGUACCUAACAUGACAUCAGUGUAGUACCUAACAUGACAUCAGUGUAGUACCUAACAUGACAUCAGUGUAGUACCUAACAUGACAUCAGUGUAGUACCUAACAUGACAUCAAUGUAGUACCUAACAUAUGACAUCAGUGAAGAAUCUGUCAUGACAUCAGUGAGGAACCUGAAAUAUGACAUCAGUGAAGAACCUAACAUGACAUCAGUGAAGAACCUGACAUAUGACAUCAGUGAAGAACCUGACAUGACAUCAGUGAAGAAUCUGUCAUGACAUCAGUGAGGAACCUGAAAUAUGACAUCAGUGAGGAACCUGAAAUAUGACAUCAGUGAGGAACCUGAAAUAUGACAUCAGUGAAGAACCUGAAAUAUGACAUAUGUGUAGAACCUGACAUGACAUCAGUGAGGAACCUGAAAUAUGACAUCAGUGAAGAACCUGAAAUAUGACAUCAGUGUAGAAUCUGUCAUGACAUCAGUGAGGAACCUGAAAUAUGACAUCAGUGAAGAACCUGAAAUAUGACAUCAGUGUAGAACCUGACAUGACAUCAGUGAAGAAUCUGUCAUGACAUCAGUGAGGAACCUGAAAUAUGACAUCAGUGAAGAACCUGACAUAUGACAUCAGUGAAGAAUCUGAAAUAUGACAUCAGUGUAGAACCUAACAUGACAUCAGUGUAGAACCUGACAUGACAUCAGAGAAGAAUCUGUCAUGACAUCAGUGAGGAACCUGAAAUAUGACAUCAGUGAAGAAUCUGAAAUAUGACAUCAGUGUAGAACCUGACAUGACAUCAGAGAAGAAUCUGUCAUGACAUCAGUGUAGAACCUGACAUGACAUCAGUGAAGAAUCUGACAUGACAUCAGUGUAGAACCUGACAUAUGACAUCAGUGUAGAACCUGACAUAUGACAGCAGUGUAGUACCUAACAUGACAUCAGUGUAGUACCUAACAUGACAUCAGUGUAGUACCUAACAUGACAUCAGUGAAGAAUCUGACAUGACAUCAGUGUAGUACCUAACAUGACAUCAGUGAGGAACCUGAAAUAUGACAUCAGUGAAGAAUCUGACAUAUGACAUCAGUGAAGAACCUAACAUGACAUCAGUGAAGAAUCUGUCAUGACAUCAGUGAAGAACCUGACAUAUGACAUCGGUGAAGAACCUGACAUGACAUCGGUGAAGAACCUGACAUGACAUCAGUGAAGAACCUGACACAUGACAUCAGUGAUUUGUAGCUGGAAGAAACCACUUCCGCGUUAUGUGUUGUUAAAUAUUCUUAGUGUGAUUUUUAGUUCACUUGUCCAAAGGGUGCUUAUUGCUUUGGGUUACUGUCCAUCUGUUUGCUGUUAAGGUUUUUUGGAAACAUUUUGUCUAUAAACACCGACUAAGGACCUUGUACCAAUGGCUGGUUUUCCUCCUUGCCUACAUGAACCAUUCACAUCCCUGUUCAUGCGUUUUUAGUUUUGGGUAGCAAUCCACAUACUUGAUGCUACUUACUAUACAUUUUUUGUUACGUUGGACAUGUGCUAGUUGGUCAAGAAUUUUGACUUUGAUGACAUUUAGUAAAUAGAUUUUACAGCCUUCCGUUUUCAGAUAAGUGGGCUAUUCAAAUUGCCCUUCAUCACUGUUUUUUCAUUGGUAGUCUGUUUUCAGUGGUCUGUUGUCGGUAGUCUGUCGUCAAUGGUCUGUCAUAAGCAGUCCAUCAUCUUUGGUCUGUUGUCGGUAGUCUGUCGUUCAUGGCUUUGGUCUGUUGUUGUUAGUCUGUCGUUCAUGAUCUGUUGUUGGUAGUCUGUCGUUCAUGGUAUGUUGUCGGUAGUCUGUCGUUCAUGGUAUGUUGUCGGUAGUCUGACGUUCAUGGUAUGUUGUCAGUAGUCUGUCGUUCACGGUCUGUUGUCAGUAGUAUGUCGUUCACGGUCUGUUGUCAGUAGUCUGACGUUUAUGGUCUGUUGGCGGUAGUAUGUCCUUCAUGGUCUGUUGUCAGUAGUCUGUCGUUCAUGGUCUGUUGUCAGUAGUCGGUCGUUCAUGGUCUGUUGUCAGUAGUCGGUCGUUCAUGGUCUGUUGUCGGUAGUAUGUCCUUCAUGGUCUGUUAUUGGUAGUCUGUCGUUCUUGUUAUGUUGUCAGUAGUCUGUCGUUCAUGUUAUGUUGUCGGUAGUCUGUUGUUCAUGGUCUGUUGUCAGUAGUCUGUCGUUCAUGGUCUGUUGUCGGUAGUAUGUCGUUCAUGGUCUGUUGUUGGUAGUAUGUCGUUCAUGGUCUGUUGUCGGUAGUGUAUGUCGUUCAUGGUCUGUUGUUGGUAGUCUGUGGUCUGUAGUCAAUUUUAUCUUUCUCAAAUGUCAGAUGUUUAUUCCCCUUGGUCCCUAGUUGUGCAUUCUGAUUACUGAUUAGAAAAAAGAAGUGGCCAUUUGUAAAUUAUCAUGUUUACAAUUUGUAUUUAUAAAGUACUGUCCAGUGUAACUCCUUAACUUGUCACAUUGAAGCUGGACCGUCGAUCAAUUUUGUUUUUAAAACAAAAAUAUUUGUACUUUCCUUUAUAAAUAUUUAUAGGUGGUUUCACCGGGCCAUUGAACUUCUAUAGGUCAGCCAUGAAAAAUGAAAAAGCUUUAGCAACAAAUGUGCCAAAGAUUCAGAAGCCCACAUUGAUUGUGUGGGGCUGUAAGGAUGUA